AUGUGCAUCAUAGAGCGCAUCGUCAAGGCCUGCGGCUGCGUCAAGUACCGGGACAGGACCUGCCACCCGCAGGGCAUGCCCGCGUACGACUGGUGUCCCACGACGCGCAGGCGUCAGGUCUGGCCGAUCAAGGUCACCCAGGAGGGCUGGAUCUUCACGACCUCGACCUCGCCCGAUCCGUGCCUCGGCAAGUGCGGCUGUACGGAGCAGGGCGACACCGUCCACGCGUACGAGUGGGUGGCGUGGGGUAUGCGGCCAGUGCGGUGCACUCCGCAGACCGAAGCCGAGUUCUUUGGCCCGGCGCCGGCGAAGCAGACGGAGGGCUUCGAGGCGAGCGAAGGCGCGGCCGCCCCUCAGCUCUUGCGGGAAGCGUCGAUGGCGCGGAAGAGGGCGCGGGGUGGGAAGGGCCCGCACCCGACUCUCGAGUUCAACGACGACGAGUACCUGGAGCGGUUUGGCAUGGGUCAGGGCCUGGGUCCGGACCAUUAUAGCUAUUACAACGACCCGGACUAUCUGGCGUUUGAUCAGCGGAUGGCUCGUGAGAAGGCCAGAGCGAUCAUGAGCCCCGAGGAGCGAGAGAAGGAGGAGGCCGAGGAGGCUCUAGAGAAGGAAAGAGAAGACGCGGCUGUACGGAGGAGAAUUGCCUCGUGGGAUACCAGUUACACGUCAAGAGAGUACGCGGGCUUCCUCAGUCACGAUAAGCGUGAGAACAAGGUCAUCCCAUCGGGCCCCAGAGUUUUGGUGUCGCCUGCGUCUGAUAAUGAUGAUGGAGAUGAAGUUGAAGAUGAACCUGAAUCGGUUGAAAGACAAAGUAGCAGCAGGACAGGCACCACACAGCAGCAGGCAGGCCCGUCAAAGCCUCGUUCUCAAGCUGGGUCUCACCAAAAGACUAGUCGCGCAGGUACUCCGUCGGCUAGUCCCAGCAAUCCCGCCAAGUUAUCCAACCAGCCCGCCUCGAAAGCCGACAAGCUCAGAAAAGAAAGCAAUAAGAAGAUCGACAAGGGCAAAGGCAAAGCGUUAUAUUAG